AUGCAGCUGCGGCAUCUGAACACGAUCAUACAGCCUGCGACGGGCGAGGGCGGUGAUGGCGCCAAGAUGUCGAAGGUCAUGGCUGUGGCGUGGGCACCGAACAACCGCAAGCUGGCGGUGUGCACGGCCGACCGAGUGGUUGCUCUGUACGACGAGAACGGGGAGAAGCGAGACAGGUUCUCCACCAAGCCAGCGGAAAAGGGCCCAAAGAACUACAUCGUCAGAGACCUGUGCUUCAGCCCCGACAGCACGAGGCUCGCCGUCGCGCAGAGCGACUCCAUCGUUUUCGUUUACAAGCUCGGACUGGAGUGGGGCGAGAGCAAGAGCAUCUGCAACAAGUUCCCGCAGCCGUCCCCGAUCACGUGCAUGUCGUGGCCGGAGGCGAGGCCCAACGAGGUCGUCUUCGGGCUGGCGGAGGGGAAGGUGAAGAUCGGGCAGCUCAAGUCCAACAGGCCCGCGACGCUGUACAACGUGGACAGCUUCUGCGCGGCGCUGGCGACGAGCCCCGACGGCAACGGAGUGGUGUCCGCCCACGCCGACGGGACCCUCUACAGGUUUCUCUUCGACGACAACGGCGCUCCAUCCCACACGAAGCUCGUCAUACACCCUUCUGUGCCAUACGCGCUAAGCUGGGGCCUCAGCAUUGUCGCUGCGGGGAACGACGGCCAGGUGGUUUUCUAUGACGCAGACGGCGGUAUGGAGCGCACGUUCGACUACUCGUCGGACCCGUCCUGCCGGGAGUUUACGACGGCCGCGUUCAACCCUACGGGGGACGCGGUGGUGCUGGGCAACUACGACAGCUUUCACGUCUUCGCCCACAGCCACAGGGCGGGGACCUGGGAAGAAGCCGGCGUCCGCAACGUGGAGAACAUGUACACCGUCACCGCGCUCGGCUGGCGGGCGGACGGGUCCCGUCUCGCCGUCGGCUCCCUUUGCGGCUCCGUAGACGUCUACGACGCGUGCGUCAAACGGACGAGGUACAAGGGGCGCUUUGAGCUGACGUACGUGAGUCUCAGCCAGGUCAUCGUGAAGCGCCUGUCGAGCGGGUCGCGGAUCGUGCUCAAGAGCCACUUCGCGUGCGAGAUUUCGAGGGUUAACAUCUACCAGGACAGGGAGUUGACCAUUGGGGAGUACGCCCGAAAUGAGGGGAUUCUAGGUGCCGUGAGGACGGAGCACAUUAGCGCCCACCUGCUGUCCGUGUGCUUGAGCGACAAGCCCCCCCGCCGGGGUGACCGGGACCUCGCGAGGAGGAGACAGAACGUGACGGAGGGGACAAAAACGGUGGCCUACCUGUUGGACGCACAGACCAUCAACAUCAAGGACCUGGUCACGAACGCGACGAGCUCGGUGUCCCACGAUAGCAAAAUCGACUGGCUAGAGCUCAACUCCAGGGCCGACCUCCUCCUCUUCAGAGAUAGGCGGCGACGUCUUCAUCUGUACAACCUGCGGACGCAGACUCGAGGGACCCUCCUGAACUACUGCACCUACGUCCAGUGGGUGCCGGACAGCGACGUGGUGGUGGCGCAGAACAGGGGUGCUCUGUGCGUGUGGUACAACAUACACGCCCCGGACCAGGUGACGACGCACGAGAUAAAGGGCGAGGUGUACGAGAUCGAGCGCCUCAAUGGGUGCACGGAGGUGAUCGUCAACGAGGGCUACCGCGAGGCGAGCUACGUCCUGGACGAGGCCCUGAUCCGGUUCGGCGGGGCGUUGGACGACGGGGAGUACGCCCUCGCCGUGUCCAUCCUCGAACCGCUCGAGGUUACCCCGGAGGCUGCGGCCAUGUGGCAGCAGCUCGGGAGCGUGGCGCUGGAGGAAGGAGACAUCUCCAUCGCAGAAAGAUGCGCAGCUGCGCUUGGGGACGUUUCUCGCGCUCGAUUCCUGCGCAAGGUUUCUAAAAGCGCGGACAAGGCUGCGGGGCCGGAGGGGCGAGGCGCCAAGGACAUGCAGGAUCACUGGUCGGUGCGGUACCGGCUGGCUCUUCUUCGAAAGGCGAGACGAGGGGAGGGUGACCUGCGAGGAGCGGAGGACGUGCUGGUGUCCCAGGGCAAGGUGGAAGAGGCCAUCGCCAUGCGCCACGGCCUGCACCAGUACGAGGAGGCCCUCACCCUCGGCCGAGCGCACCGUCUGCCCGAGGAGCGGCUCGAGGGCAUGGCCCAGGACUACUUCCGGCUCCUCGUCGACACCAAGCAGGAGGAACGCGCCGCCGCUCUGAAGGAGAAAGAGGGAGACUACGAGCAGGCCAUCCGGCUGUACCUCAAGGGGGGGCUGCCGGCGCAGGCCGGGCGGGUGCUCAAGGAGAGGUCGGUGGAGAACCAGGGGCAGCUGCUGGAGACCGUGGCGUCUACGCUCUCGGCGGCCGGGAUGCACGACAAGGCUGGGGAGUUCUACGAGGAGAUGAACCAGCUGCAGCGGGCGAUGGACAGCUAUACGAGGGGAAACGCCUUCCGCCAGGCCGUGGAAUUGGCGCGUCGCUCGUUCCCCGCAGAAGUGGUAGAUCUUCAGGAGAUGUGGGGGGACUACCUCAUGACCCAGAAACAGGUCGACAUGGCCAUCAACCACUACAUCGAGGGGCGCGCCAACGCCAAGGCGGUCGGCGCCUGCCUGACCAGCAGGCAAUGGUCCAAGGCCGCGCAGCUCCUGGAAACCCUCGACGGGGACUCCGCGAGGCCCCACCUGCGCACCCUGGCCCGCCACCACGAGCAGGCGGGCAACCACGCGCUAGCGGAGAGGUUCUACGUCGACGCGGAUGCCCCUCAGCUCGCCGUGGAGAUGUACACCAAGGCCAACCGUUGGGAGGCGGCGCACAAGCUGGCAUCGUCCUACAUGAGUGAGGGCGAGGUGCGGGUGCUGUACAUGGAGCAGGCGCAGAAGAUGGAGGCCGUCGGCAGCCUUCUCGAGGCGGAAAAACUUUAUCUGCAAGUCGGAGAGAUGGAUCUAGCGAUCGCCAUGUACAAAAAAGCUAAGCGCUUCGACGCCAUGGUACGCCUCGUGGCCAAGCACCGGCCGGACGUGCUCAAGGAGACACACCAGUACCUUGCGCAGCAGCUGGAGAUGGAGGGGAGCCUGAAGGAGGCCGAGCACCACUACGCCGAGGCCGGGGAGUGGCUCAGCGCCGUCAACAUGUACCGAUCGAGCGAUAUGUGGAACGACGCCUUGCGGGUGGCCAAGUUCUACGGGGGCCAGAGCGCGCACAAAAGGGUCGCGUACGCCUGGGCGCUGGCUCUAGGUGGGGACGCGGGGGCAAAACUCCUCAACAAGCAGGGUCUGAUCGAGCCGGCAAUAGAGUACGCCACCGAGUCCGGUGCCUUCGACCACGCCCUCGAGCUUGCCCAGGCUUGCUGCCCAGCCAAGCUCCCCGGUAUCCACCUCAAGCACGCGCUGUUCCUGGAAGACGAAGAACGCUUCAAAGAGGCGGAGAUGGAGUUCUUGCAGGCCGGGAAGCCGCGCGAGGCCAUCGACAUGUUCGUGCACCAGAAGGCCUGGGCCGACGCGUGCCGCGUCGCCGAGGGCCACGACCCCCCCGCCGUUUCCGACGUGCUGUGCGCCCAGGCCACGGACGUUGCGGCGGCGGGGGAUCGAGCCGCGGCGGAGGACUUGUACGUGCGCGCCGCCAAGCCCGAGAAGGCGUUACAGUGCUACGAAGAGGCCGGAAUGUGGAGAGAUGCGCUUCGGGUGUGCCAAAGGCAUCUGCCCCACCUCGCGCACAAGGUCCACGCGCAAUACCAGGCUGCUCAGGCGAUGACCGGUACCGGCGGGGCCAAGGCAGACUACCUCAGCGCUGGCCGCGCUCUGGAGCAGAACAGGGACUGGUCCGCCGCCAUCGACGCCUACCUCAAGGCUACCCAGAGCGCGACGAUGAACGCCGAGGACCUGGAAGAGGUGUGGGAGAGAGCCAUUACGGUGGCCAGAGUAGACCUGCCAAACAGGCAUAUGGAGGUAGUGCGGGAGGUGUCGCGCCGCCUGGCGGACAUGGGGAGGCACGAGGCGGCCGCGGAGGUGCUGAGGGCGGCGGACCAGCCGGAGGAGGCGGUGGCCGUGGCGGUGGCCGGGGGGGCGUGGGAAAAGGCGCGAGAAUCCGCCAGGGGUCACGGGCAGCUGGCCGAGAAGGUCGAGAGCGCGUACCAACAGCACCUCAUGCGGGGCGAGGCCACAGAGGAACUACUGCAGAUGGGUCAGACAAACGCGGCCCUCGACAUUCUCGCACAGAAGGGAGAGUGGGACCGAUUGUGGGAAUCAGCUGCGAAGCAGGAGUCGGGGGUGGAAACCCUUGCCAAGUACGCCGGUCUUCGAGUGAGAUCGGUUCUGGACGAUGAAGCCAGUUGGGAGAAGCCAGUUUCCGGCAGCGACGACAGGCGAGAGCUAGACGACGCCGUCCUGGUCCUUCAAGAGAAGGGGGCACCGCCGAUAACCUCGGGGCCCGGCAGGUCGUCCUUCGCCGUGGGGGCCGGCGUCUCGAGCGGCAGCGGCGGGCCGGCCGCCGACAUGUACGAGAGGCUAGUGAAGGCGGUGCUCGGGAGGGACAAGGAGCCGUCGGCACGGCCCGCGGCGCACGAGACGGUGGAGCGGUUACUCCGGGUUCUGCAAGAUCAAGCGCAGAACUUGAAGACGUCGAACAAGACGUCACCCGCGGGAUUCGAGCACCUCUUAAUGGCGACACACUACACGUGCCUGAUGGGGCGGUGCCGAGAGAAGGGGGGGAAGGACUGCCUCGAGCUCGCCUCGAAGAUGUCCAUCACUCUGCUGCGGUACAGCGACUUCAUCCCCUCCGACAAGUGUUUCUAUCAGGCUGGUUCGCUGUGCAAGGACCUCGGCAACGAGAACCUCGCGUUCGUGCUGCUCAACCGCUACGUGGACCUGACCGAGGCCAUCGACGAGGGAAACGCCUCCCUGCUCGACAACUCCGAUUUUGCGGAGGCCACGAACGUCCCCCUCGUGGACGACAGGACCCUCCCUACCAAACAGCACAUUCCGGUGGAAUCAGAACGCGAAGAGGUGAGGGACUGGGUGCUGUCGGUGUGCAUGGACGCCAAGAUCGAUCAGGCCUUGCCGCCGGAGAAGGAAGCCGGUGGGACACUGUAUGAGGGGCUGUACGCGUCGGAGCUGCCUAGUUGCGUCGUGACUGGCCUUCCGGUCCACAAGCGAGACCUUAUUCAGAAGUAGCGGGGCCAACAUGAGCCUAGCUUGUUUGACGGUAACUCCCGCCCGGCGCUGCUCGAUCUGGGCGUACGAGAGGUACCGACGAACGGCCGCGCUAUCGGCUGCAUUACCUCUCUUCUCCCGCUCGUCCCACGGAUCAGACUUUCCCAAUAUCUCGACCAUGGCUCUCUUGAGUUUCGUGACGAAUCCUUUGUCCAAUGUUUGGGCCGCGUAUCUCUUCGCACACGUACUUCCCGCGCUACAGGAGUCUAACGAAUUUGACCCGAUAGCGACACAAUCGACUGCGUGAACCACCUUCGUGCCGUUACCGUGAGAAUCCAACCAACACAACCAGUCAUGUACGUCUGCGUCGGUGGCGCUCUCCCACCCUCGGCUCCCUGCUGUGUGCGCUCUCAAAAACGCGUCGAACUUAUCCGCGACGGCGGAUUUCCGGCGUUGCCCGGCUGUAUUCGCGGACGCGACCUGGACGGCUUCUUUCCGUGCCGCCAGCCGAUCGGCGUCGAUGACCACGGUUGCCCCGGGAACACGCGGCUCUAAAAGCCCCCGAAACGGCUGUACCCCGCAAUGCUGACAAAAGUUGAAUGUCGCUUCGUUUUGUGCCCCACACGCAUUACACAACACUUGUGUUACCCGGUCCGGAGCGCGCGUGGCCCCGGGAGGGAUGCGCUCUAGCGCCCCCUGGUCAUAGUGCUGAUGACGUACGGACGAAGGAACGAUACCAAGGAAGCACCACCUGUCAACUCAUACGGUAUCGUUUCAUAAAUGACGAAAAUC